AGUAGCAUCCCGUGACAAUGACUUCUCUUUUACAAUUAUAUCUUGUCCAGAAUUGCGUAAUAAAUUAAAGUCUAAAAUUUUAAAUUGGCAAAGUAGUUCACUAUUGCGUAUUGUUCUGAAACUUUGUAAAUUUGACAUAAAAACUACUUUUUGUUCGUGUCGCUGCGUGAUCUGCUCGUGUGUUAUGGCAACAAUUUGUUCAAUGUUUUUAUUUUAGUUGAUUGAUAGCAGCAAUGGCUUACGGCCUAUGAUAAUCGUUAUGCUUUGAUAGGUGAUGGUUAACGCCUCAUGUGGAAAAUAUAAGCUUUCUAUAAAGUAGGUUUGUGAAUUAAAACGACUUAUGAUAUUUUCCUGCUUAAAUGUGUUAAAAAACAAAACUGAACUAGUCAUGGCUGCUGAAAUUAAACCUAUUGCUGGUGCAAGUACACAAUUCGUCAAUGCCCGUAAACCGCAACUCAUUAGCAAAUUGGAAGGACAUCAAGAUGUUAUUAAUAUGGCUGUCAUUGUACCUAAUGCUGAAGGUGUAAUAAGUGUUAGUGAUGACAGGACUGUGCGAGUUUGGUUAAAACGUGACACAGGACAAUUUUGGCCUAGCAUAUGUCAUUACAUGCCUUCACCUGCUACUUGUAUUGUAUAUAGCGAGGAAACAAAGCGUUUAUUUGUGGGUAUGGAUAAUGGGACUAUAUCAGAAUUUUUAUUAUCUGAAGAUUAUAACCGAAUGAAUCAUCAAAGAAAUUAUUUAGCUCAUCAAGGUCGCGUUGCUGAUAUUGUGUUCUCAUUGUGGUCUGAAUGGGUCUUGAGUGUUGGUCGUGAUAAAUAUUUUCAAUGGCAUUGCUCAGAAACUGGCCAAAGGUUAGGAGGCUUCCAAUGUAAUGCUUGGUGCACAGCUUUACAGUUUGAUGCUCAAUCAAAACAUGUAUUUAUCGGUGAUGAUACUGGUGAAAUUACAAUGCUAAAGUUAGAAGAAUCCGGCUACAAACCAAUUACGUCUUUAAAGAGGCAUUCAGGUAGUAUAAGGUGUUUAUCAUGGGAUCCUGAAAGAAAGCUCUUAUUUUCCGGAAGUUUUGACCAAUCAAUAAUUGUCUGGGACAUAGGAGGUCAACAGGGUACAGCUUAUGAAUUACAAGGACACCANAAUAAAGUAACAUCUUUGUGUUUUGCCAAUGCAUCAAAACAAUUAAUAUCUGGAGCUGAAGAUAGUACAAUAGUUUUUUGGAACAUGCAAGUAAAUAGGUUGGAGACACCUGACUGGGCAGACAGUGAUUAUUGCCAACGGUGUUCCAGACCUUUCUUUUGGAAUAUAAAAGCUAUGGUUGACCAAAAAACCAUUGGACUACGGCAGCACCAUUGUCGUAAAUGUGGCAAAGCUGUGUGUGAUAAAUGUAGUAGUAAUCAAAGCAAAAUCCCCAUUAUGGGAUAUGAGUUUGAUGUUAGAGUAUGUGAUGAGUGUCACACUGUCAUAACAGAUGCAGAUAAAGUUUCAUUAGCUUCAUUUCAUGAUGCUCGUCAUAGUAUCAUUCAUAUGGAUUUAGAUGAAACUCGUUCACAUUUACUUACUGUCGGAGUUGAUAAAAUCAUUAAGCUUUGGGAUAUUAGCAGUUUAUUGCAGCCUAUGCCAGAUACAGCAUGAUACUUCUCCGUCUGUGUGAAACAGAAUUUCAAUGCCUUCUGUGGAGAUUAAUAGCAUCACAGUAGCUUCCCCACUGGAAUCAUUGAGUGGUAAAGAGAUGAAUUGUGUCUUAACCUGGCUAAAACAAAUGACUGUAUUUUUUUGGACAACUAUUUGUUAUUUUCUUUUUUCCUCUCCUCUUAUUUAUGUAAUAAGAUAUCAUUCCAGUCUUUAACUUGUGCAUACAUAUAUCAAUGUUGAUAUUUGUUUCUUAAUCUCAAUUAAUUAUUUCGUUAAGAAAAUGUAUUAAUUUUACUGACAAAAAUGUGUUUUUAAUGAGGGUUGACACCCAUUUUCAUUUGCCUCUAACAAUGAGAAGAACUUGAGUAAAUAUGGUCCAAAUUUUUCCAAAACAUUUACAAUGAAGAUGUAUAUUUUAGCUGCCAAAUCAAUUGUAAUCUUAAUCGAGACUCACGUAUAUUAUUGGGCGUGCAAAAAUUCUUGUUGAAAUUUUUAUAUAUAUUGUCGUAUGGGGGUGUUUCUGAAUAUAGAAAAUGGGUAUGCAAUCAAUAUUUUUUUUUUAGUCUGUAUGUUAAUUUUAUUAGUAUUAUCAGAGUCCCAAGUUUGAUGGUUGAAUAACAAAGUGUGCAUUUCAAGAUUUAAAUUUUUUAAUAAAAAUAAGAAGUUUGCAUAAAAGUGUACAGAAAAGAGUGUUGUGAGAUGUUCUCAGUCCUAUUAUAACAUGAAUGAUUAAAAGAUGAAAAUUUUUUACGUACAACCCUAACAAAGAAUGCAAUUUCAAAUUCUGUAAAAUAAUGAUAUAUAAAUCAUUUGAAAUUACCUAAAGCAAAAAAUUUGGCACUUGAAGCAUAAAGUAUGUAGCAAAUGAAUACAAAUUUGUCAAUUGAAAUAUUAAGUUAAGACAUUUUUUUUAUUAUUAAGAAAAGUAAUAAUUUCUUUACAAAUAUAAAUCAAUAUAAUUGUCAUUAGGGACUCUAGUAAUUGUAUAUCAUGCUUGGCUUGCCAAAUUUUCCCCUAUCAGUGAUUUUUAGGUCUAAAUUAUUUUAAUCUUAAUAAAUUUAAACCACAUAAUCUUUUGAGGAUUUAUGCAAAGGUUUUUUAUAUUUCAUAUUAGGGUUCUAGACACUUCACAUUUUUUUAUGUGCACACUGUAAAAAAUAUUACUCUACUGAAAUUAACAGAAUAUCACUUUUGUAAUAAAAUAGAUUAUUGUCCAGACUCUAAUUAAAUUAUCGUGCGCAGAAGUUUGUAGAAUUUGAAAAAAUUGUUUAUCAAAGACCAAUUAAACUCGUAUUAGUAACAUUUAAAGUUUACUUUGUUGUUUAUUUAUUGAAAAUUGAUAAUGUAAUAUUUGUUUAGUUCAUUUUACAAAAAUAAAAAUGUAAACCAUAAAAAAGUUUAUAAAAUAUUAAUUUAAUUAAAAAUACAAUUCUUUUAAAAGCCAUCAAAUGUGGGCCUCUUAAUAUAAUUAUUAUUCCAUGAUGCUGUUGGUGUUAUUUAAUACUUUAUCCAAGCCUUCUUGUGAUAUUUGUGUUCCUACUGUGGUGUAUUAUUAUGAUCACAUGAAUUCUAAUGAACAUAUCAAGCCAAUUAAAUUUCUGUAAGAGAAUAAGCUUGCUUAUAUUUAUGCAUUUUUAUGAUUAAAUUUUUGAAUGAGAACUAGAUUUUUCAUAGCUAUAAAAAUAUUAAAGAUAAUAUUUAAGCUUGUUAUUUUCUUCAUUUUUAUCUGCAAUUAUAAACUGUUACUCGAAUGUAUUUUAUGUUUAUGAAAUGUUAUUUAUUUUAUUAUUUUACUAUCAUGUUUAAUUACAUUAAUCAUUCUAAUGGUAAUAAUUGCUUUAAUUAAUUUGGCAAUUAAAUGAUUUAUUAAUCACUACUAUAUGGGGUGCCCACUGAGGUCUGUAAUAAUCUACUUAACUUUCAAAUUACUAUAGUUAAAUGGUGUCUUUGUGUAGUAAAGUGGCUACGCAUGGGCUGACUAGUGGAAAAUUGCAAAAUUAGCAUUUCUACUUCGAAAAAGGCGCAAGAUGUCAGAAAAAACUGAAUUACAAAAUUGUAGAGCUUCAUGGCUUUAAUACAAAUGGACAUCUUGUCGACAUCAAAUGCUUAAAAGUUUUUGAAAAUAAAAUAUUACGGUAUCUUGUGAUUGCUAGCUUUUAUUUAUUAAUCUAUAUAUAUAUAUAUAUAUUUUAAUUUCUAGGAAUGUUUUAUGUAGGAUUACAUUGUAAGAAAUUUCAGGUAAACAAAUCAACAAAACCUAACAUUUUUUCCCGCCCACUACAAUCUGUCUGCUAAGCAGUUUCUUUGCAAAUUUGUUCAUUUUUGUCAAUUCAUAUUUUCCCCCCAUAUCUUAUCCUGUUUUCCAGAUAAACUUCUAACUCUGCAUCUUUCCUCUAGAUGGCACUGUAAGUGAUCUCAUCUUGUAGCACAUAGCCACUUUUCUACGCCAGACACCAUUUCGUAACUACAGCACCAAAAACUCGAAAGUUAAGAGGAGGGUUAAGGACUUUAGUAGGCACUGUGUACAUUUGGGAAUUGUUUGUUUUGCACAGAAAUUUUUAAAUUUUAAUCUUUCGAUCUGAUAUAAUUUAGUUGCCCUAAGUUAAGAUCGGGCAUAAUGGCUUGAUAAUUUAAAUAUGUGAGACCAAUAAACUGACCUCAAUAGGUGAAUACAUAUACUAUAUAUAUAAGAAAUAAGUGCUGUUUGUAAUGUGUUUGUAAUUGAGUGCUUUUGUCAUGUGUACAUAGGAGCUUCUAGCCUGCUUCAUGUGUACAGUAAUUCUCUUUUAAAAAAAGCGAAAUUGCAGAAAUAGUUUAAUAAACAAUUAUGUUUACCUUUUAUUGUAAUUAUAAAAAUCACGAUUGUUUUUGUUCUCUAGAGCCUGAAUAUAUGUAUUUUUUGUACAGUGCACUGUUAUAUGUUUUAUAAGAAUUAAAAACUAAGUUCUUC